AUAAAUACUAUAUAUCCUGUGUAAAGCAACUUUAGCAACGUUUCCAGAGUUGGAGACUACAUUAUUAAAACACACACACUCUCUCUCUCUCUUCUCGCCGGAAUUUUGACCGGAACCAGACCCGUAGUCCGUAGAUUUCGAUUGGUCGGAUGGAUUUGGGGCUGUUCGUGGAGGAGACAUCUCUCUACAACCGCAUCGUUUUGGGGAGCCUAUUGCCGGGCGCGGCGUGGGAUCCACUCCCUCACUUUUUUCAGACGUGGCUCCGGAAUUACAUUGCGGGAUGCCUCCUGUACCUCGUCACUGGUUUCCUGUGGUGCUUCUACAUCUAUCACUUGUACCGCAAUGUUUUCCUGCCCAAAGAUGCCAUACCUUCAAGAAGGGCUAUGCAAUUGCAGAUAUGUGUUGCAAUGAAGGCCAUGCCAUGGUACACUCUUCUUCCUACGGUUUCCGAAUACAUGAUUGAAAAUGGCUGGACAAGGUGUUUUCCAAGCAUAAGCGACAUCGGUUGGGUUGCCUACCUCAUGAACGUUGCGGUUUAUCUUGUGAUUGUGGAAUUCGGGAUUUACUGGAUGCACAGAGAACUGCACGACAUAAAACCUCUCUAUAAGUAUCUUCAUGCGACGCAUCAUAUCUAUAACAAAGAAAAUACUCUCUCACCGUUCGCUGGUUUGGCAUUCCAUCCAUUGGACGGGGUACUGCAGGCGUUACCGCAUGUUAUAUCGUUGUUUUUAGUUCCAAUGCAUUUCAGAACACAUAUAAUCCUCUUAUUCAUGGAGGGCAUAUGGACCGCCAACAUUCACGAUUGCAUCAACGGGAAACUCUGGCCUGUCAUGGGUGCCGCCUACCACACGAUCCACCACACCACCUACCGCCACAAUUACGGCCACUACACGAUAUGGAUGGACUGGAUGUUCGGAACUCUCCGGCCCCCUGCCGAUGAUGAGACCAAGGAAAAGUGAAGUGCGCGCGUGUUUGUCUAAGUUGCUAUUUUUACUCUUUCAGUGAUUGAAAUCUGCUGAGCUGCUGCUCAAGUAGGACUCCUUUUGAUGUUAUGGUUUGUAAAUUUGUCUUUUAUUAACUUGGAAUUUGGUCUUAGAAAAGAACGGCUGAAGGGUUUUGGAUU